UGCAGAUCAGAGAGAUGGAUUGAAGAAUGAAGUAGAAGACUCAAGUCUGCUUUAGGAACCCAUGGUGUCAUCGACAACACCAGUUAUGAUGAAGGUGAUGAAGUAUGCUUUGUUUGCUCUUGUGUCCAGACUGUCCGUUUUAAGAAUGAGAAAUGCCCUAGACCAAUGUGCUAUACAAGGCCUAUGGAAGUGAAAAGGAGGACACCCCAAAUUGUAAUGUCCCCGAAUUUGAGAUUCUAUAGGAAGCUCGUGAUGUGUGCUUCAUGGCAAGAUUUGAGGGAUCAUAUGCGGGGAGCUGGUGAUGUGUGCUUUGCUGAGGCCACUCGAGACAGGUUGUGAGUCUUCCUCCUUGUCCACUUCAAAUUCUCCCCAUCCAUAAGUUCAUCGUGGAUGAGUUAGAUAUGGCGGUUUAAUUCAGCCACGUCAUAAUAUUCUCUCUUUGUAAUAUUCAAUCACCGUCUCUUCUCUUCAAGUUGUAUUUUGAUUUACUACCCAGUACCCACAUGAUUACGGAUUGCUCUCUGUUCAUCUUAUGCUUUUGCUCUCUCUCUUUAUCCACGACUCUUCAGCUCUUCAUAUUUGGGUUAUGGUUGAUCCUUUUAUCGAUGAGGGUGAUGUCUCAAGGAGGCACGGAUACGUUUCGCUUCUUCUAAGGUCUUCAAGGGUUAUGGUUGAUGCGUUUAUCGAUGAGGGUGAUGUAUCAAGGAGACAAGGAUACGUUUCGCUUCUUCUCUGUGCUAACGUCUUCAAGGGUGUUUUGGAAGCGAAUUAUGAUAUGAUCAGGUCACUGCAUAUUCUUCUCCAUGCUUUCUCACAGGUGUUGCGGAAGGGAACUAUUAUCGGAUCAUCACGUAUUCCUCUCCAGGCUACAGAUUCGUGGAUGGCUUUGACCGAUCGUCACUCUGAUGAUUCAUGUUAUUCUUCUAGGGUUUGGUUUCUAAAUUCAUGGGUUGCUUUUUAUCCUGUGAUAUUCUUCUAAACACGAAGUCGCAUCUCUGAUUAUUAUUUCAACCUAUCAUCGUUUACACUUAGCUAGUUUUUUAUGUUCAUUGAAAACGGUCUUUCUGGUUUUAUUUAUUUAUUUAUUUAUUU